AUGAAGGAAACCGAAGUGCUUGACGUCUUUGGUAACGAAGAUGGUGCCGAAAUCCAGUACAAGACCAUGACCUGGUGGCAAGGUGCCAUGAUCAUGAUCGCCGAGAACAUCUCACUUGGUAUCUUGUCUCUGCCCGCCGUCCUCAAGACCAUUGGUUUGAUUGGUGGUAUCAUCGCCAUCCUUCUCAUGGGCAUCAUCACCACAUACUCUGGUUACACCCUAUGGCAAUUCCGCAUGAGAUAUCCUCAGGUCGCUUCCUUUGGUGAUGUCGGCCAGAUCCUCAUGGGCAAGUUCGGACGCGAAUUGUUUGGCUUUGCUUACGUUACUUUCUGUGUCUUCUGCAUGGCUUCUCAUGUGUUGACUUUCAUCAUCGCGAUGAACACUCUCACCAACCACGGAACUUGCAGCAUUGUCUUCGGUAUCGUCGGUCUGGUUCUCUUCUUCCUUCUUACCAUUCCUCGCACGAUGAAGAAUGUGUCAUUCUUGGCCAUCGCCUCCUUCAUCUCCAUUCUUGCUGCUGUCAUGAUCACCAUGAUCGCUCUUGGUGUCAACCCUCUUGAGGGACGCAACCUCGUCGAUGCCGCCCACCCCAACUUCCCUACUGCCUUCAACAGCGUCUCCAACAUCGUCUUUGCCUACGGCGGACACGCUGCAUGGUUGAGCUUCAUCAGUGAGCUUCGUGACCCCAAGGACUACCCUAAGGCUUUGAUCACCCUCCAGGCCGUUGACACUUCCCUCUACUUGGUCGCUGCUGUCGUUAUCUACUACUUCGCCGGUGACAUGGUGACCAGCCCUGCCCUGAGCAGUGCUUCUCCUCUCGUCUCCAAGAUCGCCUGGGGUAUCGCCUUGCCCACUAUCAUCAUCGCUGGUGUUAUCUUCGGUCACGUCACUGCCAAGUACAUCUACAUCCGUCUCUUUGCUGGCACCAAGCAUCUUCACAGCCGUGGUGUCGUUGCCACUUCUUCCUGGUUCGCCAUCAUCUUCGGUAUCUGGUUCGUCGCAUGGAUCCUGGCCGAGUCUAUCCCCAACUUCAGCAACUUGCUCGGUUUCGUCGCCGCUCUUUUCGCUUCGUGGUUCAGUUACGGACUUCCCGGUGUCAUGUGGCUUUACAUCAUGAAGGGCGAGUGGUUCACCGGACCCAAGAGAAUUUUCCUCUUCUGCUGCAACGUCGUUUUGGUGCUGUUGGGUGUCAUUAUCUGCGUUGUUGGUCUCUACGCAUCGGGUACUGAGCUGGCCAAGGACUCCAGCGGUCACGCCUGGUCUUGCGCUGACAACCGCUAA